AUGAGGAAAUGGAGGAGAUUUAGGAUACUCCACCAUGAAAAUUUGACUCGGAGAAAACUGAUUCUGUUUCUUGGCGUGGUCAUAUUCACCAUUUAUUUACUUGUCCAAAGAAAUGAAGGAACAGCGGACCAUCAACAACAGACAGGAGGGACGCCAAUUUCAGGUACCACUCGUUAAUUUAGUGCUUAUAUCAGUCAGCUAAGGAAGUGAAAGGUGUAACCAAUUAGAAUAUGACGUUGCUAAUUCUCUUCCUUUAGAGCGUAAUUCUCUUACCCAGACCUUCGGCGGCCAAGUGGUUGUCAAUCACAAUUGAACAGAAGGAUCUGGGUAAGAGAUUAGUUUGGACUGUUAAAGAAUUCAAAUGAUACAAAGGACCACUACAGACAUAGUUUGAUGCUACUCUGGUUUGCAGAUUUAAUGAAUGUAACCGAAGAAGUUACAAUGCAUAGACCCAACGUUUCGACACUCCAGUCUAAUGCCUUCUUCCGGGGUGAUCUAAACGCUGCAACAAGAGGUCCUUUUAUAUGAUCACUAAUUAGCUGUCUUUUUUUUUCUGACGAGGUGUAAAAAGGCGCCAGGAAGUAAGCCGCCAUCGUCACGAUUUAAAGGAGCGAGGGCGGAGUUAAUAUGCCAAGCCUCCAAACAAAGGCGCUGGUGGUAACGCCGAUUAGUGGUGAUAAUUUUAGAAUUAUCCCACCCAAUUGCGUGGUUGGUUAGGCAUGUGUGCUCUGAUAAAGCUGAAUUUUCUUUUUGCAAAAGAAAACCGCUUUUUGAUGCUCUUUCAAACGUGUACCAAACUGACGUUUGGUCUGUCCGAUGUAUUCGUUGUCACAGUCACUGCAAGGAAUAGAAUAAAUGGCGUCGGUUCGUUGUUCUUUCGUGACAGGAUCCUUAGGUUUGGCGAAAACAUAACCCAAAGUCUGAAAAGGUUUUUGAGCAACUUUAACGUUGUGGUUAAGAUUUUAAAAAAAUGCUAUUUCUUGUUUCAAAAUAUUUAUCUCAUCACUGCCGAUACCUUGACAUUUUCUACCCUUAUUUCAUUGUAUUCUUUUAGGAAUCUGGCGUUCUUUGUAUCCAUUUCAUGCCAAUGACAGUCUAGGUGGCGAAAGUUUGUCACUUGGACAGAUGCAAACAUACGAACAACGCAAAGAGGCAAGAUGCCGUCAUAACUGGCAGAAAAGUUAUAAAAAACUUCACCAGGACAUUCUUCAAGCACGGCGCCCGCAAAAGUUUAUCGUGUUCACGUGCAAAGAAGAAGGAUACGAGUGCGGGGGUUAUGGAAAUAGACUUGGAGGAGUUACUUCACUUUUAUUUCUCUCUAUCUUGACACAAAGAGCACUUUUAAUAGACUGGGAUCAUGGAGUCCCACUUGAACGUUUCCUUGUCCCAAAAGGUGUUCAGUGGAACUAUUCUAUGGAGAAUUUAAAACAUUUCGACUCAAGGAUACAUUAUUUAGGGAAAAAAGAACAUUUCAAGAAGACUCGAACUGAUGUUUUGAAGCCGUGGAAAACAAAACUAGAUUUCCAAGCGUGGCUGCGGCAGGCAGACCUCUCAUCGUAUUUCGAUCACCCCGUUGAGAAGAUUGUCAGCAAUUGGAAUUUUGCAAACGCCUUGUUGGAAAAGCCUUUCCUUGAGAAAAACUUAAAUGAAUUGCCAAGAAAAACCAACAACUCCUUGGUAGGGUGUGCUUUCGAUUUCCUCUUUCUCGAGUCUAAAGAGCUAGAAACCAGGCUAAGUGCAGCUCGACACUCACUCGGUCUCACAAACAAAGUUUUAAAAGUGGGAUUUCAUAUAAGAAUGGGCGAUGUGGCUCUCCACAGAGGUUCAAACUCCAACAACCUUAAUUACAGGGCCUUUUUCCGUUGUGCACAAAAUCUUAGAGACGCCCUAGCACAGCAAACAAGAGGUUUUCAAACGGACAUCAAAUUGUUUCUAGCAACAGAUGAUAAAGAUGUGAAACGAUACGCACUCAUGAACUAUGCUUCAGAUGUAGUUACUUUGGAUAUAAUCCCGCAUCACAUAACAUCUCUCCGAGGAAGGAAGCAUCGACGCUCAGGGUCAGUGGAGGAUACUUUCAAUGUCAUGUUGGACCAUUUUCUGUUAUCUGAAUGUGAUUUCCUUAUUUUGUCACAGAGUACUUUUGGUCUUAAUGCGGCCGAGUUGAAGUUCCAUCCCUCACAAACAGUUACGUUCGGACAUCAGAUGAUGCAUUCAAAUGAUCACUGCGGCCGAGUUGAAGUUCCAUCCCGCUCAAACAGUUACGUUCGGACAUAA